CAGCAGCAGCAGGUCACCACCGAGCUGUAGGAUUCCCGCACUUAUCUACCUCUGAUUUUGGAUUGCUGAAGCAUUUGUGGUCGCCAUUGAACUUCCAAUAGGACUUUUUAAACUUUUUUUUGGAGUCUUUCUUAUUUUGGGGAUUUUAAUGAAGAAAAUCAUGUUGGGGAAUUGGCCGGUCGUCCUGUUGAUUGUGUUGUGUUUGGUUGGCGUGCUGGAGGCUGACGAGUGCACGCCGUGUCAUCUCCGGGCUUGUCCCGUCAAGACGACACGAGGCUGCGACGAUGGCCGGACCCUGGCCAAGGAUCCAUGCGGAUGCUGUGAGCACUGUGCCCGGCUAGAGUGGGAGCCGUGCGGCGGACAGGACUGGAGCCUCGGCUACUGUUCCCUGGGGCUGACCUGCGCCUCUUUUAACUCCACAGAAGCUGCCAUCAUCCCUCAAAUUGGUGUUUGUAAAGAUCUUCCAGAUAAUCCAGAGGCCGGUCUUGAGGAUGAGCGAUGCCCCCUAAUGACAGGCUGUGAAAGAGCAGACGAUCAGUGUGUUUGUGAUGCCAGACACACCUGCUUGGGCUUUUUCACCUACCCAGACCAGGAGGCUUGCAUGAAGGCCCAUUCAGAGGGUCGGAACCACGAACGACACAAGCAGAAGUAUGUGGGACCGUCACGUCCGGCCUGUAUGUUUUCUGGAUGUAACUUGACCACGGAUGGCUGUGUGUGCGAGUCUCAGAGCUGCAGCCACCACUUCACCUACAUCAACCGCAGCCAGUGCCAGGAAGCCGCAGAAGAGCUAAAAUGUGCCCGAGUGACCUGCACUGCUGUCCAGGUUCCUUCCUGCCCCAAAGGCUCUGUUUUGACCAAGAGCUAUACCCCCCCUGCUGGUUGCUGCCCUUCUAUCCUACCGCAGUGCACCUGUGACCUCCGGGCCUGCCACUAUCCCCAGUGCCCAAGCGGUCAGCGUGCUUUGCCGCUCAGCAAGGCCAGCGGUCAGCCUGGCGACUGCUGUGAUGUCGUUGAAUGCCAGAAAGUCUCCCCAAAGUGUAUUCACAACGGGAAGGAGUUUUCUGAUGGGGACGUGUAUCGCAUGAACCCCUGCUGGUUGUGUCAGUGCCGGGGAGGAAUCUCCUUCUGUUCCAAGGCUGAGUGUGCCGAGCUUGACUGUGAGAACUUCUACAUUCCUGAGGGCGAGUGCUGCCCUGUCUGCAUAGAUGUGGAGUUACUGUCAGUGGACAGCACAAAGGCCAGCUGUUGGGUGAACAACAAGCUGCGUGCCCACGAGGAGCAGUGGAAAGAGGACGACUGCACCUUCUGCCAAUGUGUGGAUGGUGAGCCGCACUGCACCGCCAUGGCCUGCAAACAAAGCUGCCAGAAUCCUGUCAAGAUACCCGGAGAGUGUUGCCCCUUCUGCGAAGAGCCUUCCUAUGAAACAGUUAGCCCCAUGCUCUGUCCUCCUCUGGAAAACUGCAGUCUUUCUGAGAAGGAUUGUCCUUAUGGAUUCUAUCAAGACACCAAUGGAUGUCUUCUCUGCCAAUGUCUCAACAAUGACUCCUGCCCUGACCUGGAAAAAUACUGCUUCCUGCAAUGCUCAAUGGGAUACGUGAGGGAUGACUUUGGCUGUGAGGUGUGCGAGUGCAGCAUUCCCGUGCCCAGGUGCCGACCUUUGACCUGCACCAAGACCUGCCCCUAUGGAUAUAUUCGCAACAAGCACGGCUGUGAAAUGUGUCGCUGUGUCAAGUGUCCCCCCUUCACCUGUGACAAGCACUGCAGUGACGGCUACAGGCAGAACAAGAAGGGCUGCUCGAUCUGCAUGUGUAAAGUGAGUGCCCAUAGCCCCAGCACCACCGCCUCCGUUCCAUUUCCCAGCUUUUGCUUUACCUCUAACGGCCACCGAUACGAGGAAGGGGAAAGCUGGCAUGAUGGCUGCCGCAACUGCUACUGUCAUUCUGGAAGAGAGAUGUGUGUGCUGAUAUCUUGUCCUGCGCCCAGCUGCUCUCAUCCUGUAGUGAAGCCUGACCAUUGUUGUCCAACUUGUGAAGACGAGUCAGGUAGCGGUCUGCCCGAGGGGAUGGACAUGGUGGUGUGCAGAGCCCCUGGAGGGGAUUUCUAUGUGGAGGGCGAGACCUGGGACCUGGAUGAGUGUACCCGCUGCACCUGCAGACAGGGACGCGUACUGUGCGACACUGAAGUGUGCCCCCCGGCUCUGUGCCAGACACCCACCAAGAACAAGGACACCUGUUGUCAUGCAUGUCUCGAUGAGACGCAGAGUCCGCUGCUGCCAGUGAACACCAGCCAACAGGAGUACUGCAUCACCAGCGAUGGAGACGUGCUGCUGGCGGGAGACUCCUGGAAGACCAACGCUUGCACCAGCUGCACCUGCAACAACGGCACUAUUCAGUGUUUCUCCCAGCGUUGCCCGCCUGCCAACUGCAGGGUGCCCGUCUUACGCAAGGGCCAGUGUUGCCCGCACUGUCUCGAAAUGACGACAUCUGCGGCAGUCUUGCUGUCGACCGUCACCCCUAAAGCGACGGUUACGACAAGCGUGCAGCGAGCUGAUAGAAACGACGCCGUCACAGAACCGACUGUUGUUGCUGACACAGAUGAGACGAUGUUGGGUGACAGUUACCCUAACCAAUCAGAGAUGGCUCUCAUCUACCAAUCAGCUGCAUGGAUCCUGGCAGGUCUCCUCUUGGCCAUCAUCGUCUUCCUCAUUGUGGCUUUGCUCAUCAACAAGAAAAAGAAGUGGGUGCAGAUGUCCUGCUACAGUGCACCAAAGAAGACCGUUAUUCUCAAGCACGUCAACAAGAACUCGGUGGUCUACAUGGAGCCCUCCAAGGAGAACAAGUUUCAGAACGUGAAGAACGACUGCGGGAUCCAUUUCUCCCCUGAGAUGAGUUCUCCCUGCACAGACAAGAUGAUCAUCCCCAGAGCCAAGCUGGCCAACAACUGGACAGCGCGCUAACACCCGCCGUCAGCACCAUCUCCCGCUGUAUCCAUGGUGAUUUGUGCAUGGACGCACACACUCCACGGAAGCAGCUCCCGACCUGCGCUUCUCUCUGUGACUGGAAGAAGCAGAGUAAAGCCACACUUUAAGUGUUUGGACCAUAGCCAGCAUGGACAAUGAGAUGCUGUGGACAUCUUGUCUCUCUGCUUUGCCCUGAUCACUCAGUCAGACUUCAAACUUUGUGACCUUAUCGCUUGUUUUUGCCUCCUUUUGGACAAGAAAGGGAGAGGAAAAGCUUUAGGAUGGGGGGGCUCCAUCUUAAAGAAGUUUACAGGAUGCUGCCCCUUCGCUUCAUGGAUGUUGUCUGAAUCUCUCACAGGUCGGCCAAAGGAACUGAAUCCUCCAAACUGGGACGAUCCAUCCGGCUUGACACACCCUAUGUUAGUACUUUGUGUAUAUUGCAGCAGUAUUUGUAUCCAUGAUCUUCUAGGUCAACUCUGUAUUUCUUGGAUGUAUCUUCUUGGGGGCCAAAUCUUUGCUUGGUUGAAACAUUCCCACCUUCACACACACACAAACCUCACAAGAAUCUACAGGAAUUCCCACUGGGGUCUUCGGUCAUGCACAAAUUAGGGGUUGUAAAUAAUGACACAAAAUGGUGUUCAUUCAGGAAGAAUGUAAAAGACAUCAUUGAAAUGUUUAAGGAAAUUCAGAGCUCCACAUAAUCCAUAAAGGGUUAAUCGAGGUAAAUGAACUCUGGUCUGUUGUAGACGUUUCACCUUUUUAUCCUUUGGAUGUAAAAUUUUAGUUGUGGAGUUUCCCUAUUUAAGUCCGGAGUGUGUGUUUCAUAGUUUGUUGUCGUGGCUGCUAACAGUUUGCCUGUCUGAUGGCAGAACUCUUUCUGUGGAACGAGACAAUCAUUAGGGGAGAGAUGCCAGGACAUUUUUGUAAACGAUAGGUGAUGACAUGAGCCUCGUCCAGUUAAACAAUAAACAUUUUGUCAUAAUAAAAAUAUUGAUCUAAUCACUGUAUUAUCGACCUUUUACUGAUACGAUAUAUAAUUACUGUUGAUUUUGAACCGAUCUUCCCACCUUUUGUUUACAUUCACAAGCUCUAGCAUAGCAGUUAGCAUGGCCUUUUAAAACUUUUUUUUUAGCACAAACUUUUCUAUAAAUAAACUUGCCUCAUAUCCUCUUACGGUGUGUAGUGUAGCACGUUUAGCUAUUUAACAUCCUCCAGUGGCAACUUUAGUUUAUUUGCUGCCAUGGAGGUGAGGAUUAGUUGGCAGCUAGCGAGGACGCUACGAUGCGCUGAGGACACCUUUGUUCACUUGUCGCUGUCAAAUAUGCAGAAUACAGCUGAAAUGUCAUCAAAAUGCAUAACGAUAUUACAAUCCCUAUUGUCGACCAAAUGUAUUUCAUUUCUAUUGUCAAUAGUGCGUAACCCUAACCUACAGCAUGUUAAAGCAGAAAGGCUCUCGAAACAGAAGGUUUGUGCCUCAACAAUGUCCUGACAUCCCUCCCCCAAAGAUGAUCUCAUACCACUGGAAAAGUCCCCCCUAAAUAGGCUCUUACAGUCUAUUGUUAUACAGGGCGGUCAUUCAGUAACAACCCUCUUGUGACCCGUAACUACCAUUUGCGUAAAGAAUCAUAUGUCCAAUUACUGAAUAACAAGGCGCUUCAAAUGUUACCCCUGCUGGCCACAUGAUCAUCUGUCACUGAUGAGAAAGAAUAUGGAAACAGAUUGUACUUCUGCUUGCUCUCGUGGUGUGCAUCAUUAGUACUUGUGUUGCAAAUCUGAAGGUCUUGGGUUCAAAUCCCUGUCGUAGUGAAACUAACGUAGUAAGGUUUUUUAAACUGAUGUUUUAAUGUUAAAAUUCUUUAAUACGCUAAACUUCAGCAUAUGAAUAAAAAAGUGGAUGUUAGAUAAUAUAACAGCUACCUAGUUCUACCUUGUGUUGCUCAAGGUAAUAUUAUUUAUAUGUUGUGAUACACAUGAUUUCAGCCUCUCAAGGCUCCUCCUGGUCUGGACCACCAAUUUUACACCUCGGUUUUUGUCAAAUCCUAGUUACAACAAUUGGAACUGAAGCACCUUUUAGGAUAAAUGGUGAAACAUUUUCCACUAGGGCUGCAACUAACAAUUUGAUAAUCGAUUAAUCUGUCGAUUAUUACUUCGAUUAAUAAUCGGAUAAAAGAGACAAACUACAUUUCUAUCCUAUCCAGUAUUUUAUUGAAAAAAAACAGCAUACUGGCACCAUACUUAUUUUGAUUAUUGUUUCUCAGCUGUUUGUAAAUGUUUCAGUUUAUAAAUAAAGGUUUAUUUAAAAAUUUUUUAUUUUUUUUUUCAUUAAAAAAAACAAAAAAACUGCGCAUGCGCAUAGCAUAGAUCCAACGAAUCGAUGACUAAAUUAAUCGGCAACUAUUUUAAUAAUCUAUUUUAAUCGAUUAGUUGUUGCAGCCCUAUAUUCCACAAACAAAAAUAAUCCAGUUGCUUUAAGUUAAAUGUUGCAGCUUUAAAGCCUGUUACUGCUCUACUACUCCAUUAGGAAAUGACAAAAGCAGUCUUAUAUUUACUAUUUUUCUGUCACUUACCGUUCUCUUUUUUUAGCUGUCAGUCACAGGAAAUCACAAACUGAAGUUCGUUAAAGCAACAAAUUGUCAAAAAUACAACAAAAACAGCUUAGGUGGUGCUGGUGAAUAAUAUUAACAAUAAAAGACUAGAAUUUCUUGUGAUGGUAGUUCUGGAGUCCGUAUCCCAGGAGUGUAUUUUUUCCAGCCAGAGAUGCAUGUAGAAGUAUUGAAGGAUGUGGGCUGCCACUUAUUGAUAUUCUUCACUGAGCUAAAACCAAUCCAAUGUAUGCUAAGCUAUUUGAAGUAGCAUUGUAGUAUAGUUACUAAUGUAAUAUAAUAUUGACAUGUUAUUAGAUGUUUACAAUGUGCCAAUAAAAAAAAGCUGGGGGCUGAAAAAAAAAUGGCCCUCGGGUCUCACUUUGGAUACCCAGGCCUAGCUGCAAGUAUUGGUGGACCAGCCUGGACAGCUCAAAUGUCAAAGGUCAACACAUACAGUAUGUGUUAACGCAGUGGCACAAAAAUAACUUUGACAGUGUCACUUGUUCAUUGCCGCUAAUUGGUUCCGGACAUGUCCGCAAUAAAUUAAUUCCUGCAAAGUAGGAAUCAUUAAUUAUAAGCAGAAUAUUUUCAUACAACAUAAAACAUGUUACGACCUUCUAAAUACGUUUUUCAACAUUAUGAGAGCCCUCUAAACAAAAAGUAACACUCUUUAGUCACCUUUACACAUUUUUAAUCCAAUUUACUAACGCUGCCUGAGUUUGAGCCAAUCAGUGGCAACGAUAUUGAACGAUUUGGUUUGGUCUCCUCUAGUGGCAAAUAUUACUGAAGUAUUGAUAUUCCUAUGCUUAAAAAUGUUCAAUUCAGGACCACAAAAAUGUAGAAUAAGCUUAAAUAAUCCCCCCCAAAAUAUUUAAAAAAAAAUAUUGAUGUGGUGAAGCCUCAAUAUUCAAGUGCAAUGUGGCGUGUAUUUAAAAAGUGUUUGGGGAGCAGAAUAAAAAUAAAUGAUUUACUACUUCCUUAAACAGUACAAAUAAUAUUAGAAUCCCACUGAAGAGAACAUUUGAAUACAAUACUUUGAUGUAUUCAAUAUUAUGAAGAAAAUAACUAUUACGAACAAAUAAAGCAAAAAAAAAACUUUUUACUAGACAAAACUUGACUUUGUUAAAACGUAAAAAAAAAAAAAGUUCAUACAAUUACAACUUAAUUCCGACUUAUUUUUGUUAGUAAUAUUCAGGUGUUACUAAUCAAAUGACGAACUCAUACUCAUUAUUAUUGGAGUAGUUUUCAUUGUGGCCGAAACCUAAUGCAGAGCACAUUACGACAUCGGAGCUUGUUACAUGUAGCACUUUCCGGCUUAGUUGUUUUUUCUGUUCCUAAUGCCACUGCAGGAUUCUUGGAGGGAUUAACAUGAUAAUCAGAUAUUUGCACACAGUAACCACAUACUGGACUGUCAAAGCUGGAGGCCUCGCACCAAUCUGAUUAAAGUAGAAUUUCAUUUGUCAAACAAUUCAGUGUUGAUAAAGGGGAUUGUCAUGCCAAAUUUAGUAGGAAAUAUAUAUUGACUUUUUACUUAGUGACUGAGUAGGUUUGUUUGACCAUGAUGAUUAUUAUGUGCUUUAAAAUGAAGAGUGUGAAAGAUUCCCAGUUUUGUUUUUUUUUAUGUAAAAAAAAUAGUUUAAAUUAGAGCAGAAGAGUACCCUAUUUAUUUUUUCACAUAGCUUUAUUUAUUAAUACUGUAGUUUGCCUUGUUUUUUUCUUGGAGUUGUGACCUUUGGUAGCCAAAGCGGCUGUACAUUUUAGACCAUUUACAUCCAUUUGCUAUACCAUUACCGCCUUAUUUAUUUUGCUGUUUCAAACCCUGUAAAUAAGUGAAACUGUAACAUUUACCUAUUUUGAAAAAUAAAUGUGUAAAACAACAUGCA